ACUUCCGAAGUGUUUCGGAAACGCGUAUCUGGUUUACUUCCUGGACCAAUGGUGGCGGCCAUCCUCUGCUAGCCCGAAAGCCCAGCCUCCUCGAGUAGCUGGUGCAGUUUGAUAACACGGACCAGGCAGAACUGGAUAGCUACAGGAUUUCAGUGUUUGCAGCGAUACUAGAUACUUUGUUUAAUAGCAUGAUUCGUGUAAUAGCAUCAUAGCUAGCUGAAACGCGAUAGCUCCAAGGCUCUGUAUUGGCAAGUCGCCUGUUUUAACCCAUCUAUUGUUGCGCGCGUCUGCCAGCGUUUUGAUUACAGUGAGUAGGAAGGAAGAAAACGCACACACACCUCCGCUCUUAUGGUAGUGACUAGCGGGAGGCUCGGGAAAAGAAAGAAUAGGUAGAGAGAUCUCGAUUGUUGUCUUUGGAAAGUUGAUUCUACUUCCGAGUAUAAAGGUUGGUCAUCCCAAUGGCGUCAAUUUCGAAGGUGUCCAUUCUGGAUUACUUCAACAUCGUGUUCGAGGGGGAGAACGGCAAGAUCGAGUCCAACUGUAAAGCAUGCGGCACUAGGAUACAGGCGAAGAGGAGCGUCACAUCCAACUUCGUCACACAUCUCAAGAGGAAGCACCAGGCGAUGUACGAUGAGUUUGUAAAGAAGAAGGAUAUGAAGAGAGAAGCCUACUCCUCAUCUUCCUCCUCCCUCCAUCCCUACUCCUCAUCCUCCCUUCACAGCCUGGCCAAUGGAGGAGGCCAUCGCUGCAAUCACUCCAUCACCGCUGGAGGAGGAGGGGUGGGAGUAGUAGGAGGGAUAGGGGGAGGAGGAGGAAGAGAGGGAGCAGGAGAAGGGGUGACGAAGUUCCACAGACACGACCCUCGCCAGGUGCUGAUCUCGGAGGCGAUAGCUAAGAUGCUGGUCCAGGACCUCCAGCCUGCCUCCCUGGUGGAUCUCAGAGGGUUCAGAGAGUUACUGCAGCUGUUAGAGCCUCGCUAUACCCCCGAGCCCCCCAGAUACCUCCAAACCCAGCUCCUCCCAGCCUACGCCUACCAGGCCCAGCUGGCCACCAGACAGGCCCUGGCCUCAGCCCUCUCUCUCAGCCUCUCGGUCUCCCUCUGGAGGGGUUUCCUUGGGACCACAGCAGGGGCUAACACUGGGUACCUGGGCGUGACCUGCCACUUCCUGUCGUCUGAUUGGCAGAUGCGUUCCGCCCUGCUGGCCUGCCUGCCUCUGGUUGGUGGACUCUCGGCCAAUCGCGUGCUAGCAGAGUUCGAGGAGGUGUGUGUGGCGCACGGCGUUUCGGGACGAGCGUUCCGUGUCGUGGCUGACCCAUUUCCCGCUGAAACUCACCCCUCAUGCCGCCUACCAGGGUUCUGUAUCCACGGCAACCCGGGAGAUGAUGCCGAAGAGGAAGAGGAGGAGAGUGGGGAUGAAGGAGGAGAGAGGGAAGGAGAGGUAGAACAGGAGGACUGGUGGGAGGGAGGUCUGGGGUCCGGCAGGAUAGACUGUUUCUGUUGUUCUCUGGGUCAGUGUGUGAGAGAUGGACUGCUCUCCUCCUCUCCUCUCCUCUCCUCCACCCUGGCUAAAGCCUCAUCCUUCUAUAACUACGUCACCUCCGCCGUGCCACACGACAAACUGGUGGGCCUGUUGGGAGGGGGGGUGGAGGGGGGGUCGGGGGGCAGCAGGGCUGGAGAGCGAGACUGGGCCGUACAACUCAAGGUAAGCAGGACUUAA